AUGACUCUCCUCCUCCUUCUCCCUUUUCUCAUCUUCCUCCUCCACAACCUCAUCUACAAACCCCUCACCUCCCCUCUCUCUUCUCUUCCGGGCCCUCUUUACACGAAAUUCACCUCCCUCGUCCUCAAGUACCAUGAACUCCGCGCCAACCGCACGCGGUGGAUCCACGCCCUCCACCUCCGUUACGGGCCCGUGGUCCGUAUCGCCCCGAACGAAGUGAGCUUUGCGUCAAGGGAAGGGGUGAAGGAAAUUUACUGCUCCGGUGGAAGCGGGUUUGAUAAGUCGGGCUGGUAUGAUUUGUUCAAGAUAUACGGACGGAGGACGAUGUUUACGUUUUUGAAGAAAGACGACCAUGCGAAACGGAAACGAAUUCUCGCGGACCGCUAUGCCAACAGCAAUGUUAUGCGUCAAAAACCUCUCAAUGGCAUCAUUGAACGGGCGGACAGGGUAGUGAAGAGGUGUGCGGAGUCCUUGGAUGGAAGCCUCGAUCUAUAUGUAAGCCUUCACUCAUACGCCUAUGACUGCGUAACGCACCACUUGUUCCAUCCCUAUGGGACGGAUUCGCUUCGGAACAAGCAAGAUGAGGAGAUUAUGCGUGAAAUAACGUUCGACGACAGUUUGCAGAAUCGCCAACUAAGUUACUACAGUCCCACCUUACACAAGGCAAUCUCCAAAAUCCUCUACAUCUGUGGCAUCAAGCCGCGCGAGACUCCUCUAGCCGAUAAGUUCAUCCUCGACACCGCCGCCAAGACGGACGCAGCACCUUUCACCCUUCUCAACCGCCUUCACACCGUGAGGCUGGGCAACAGUAACGGUGACGGGGAGCACGACGGUAAAGACAGUAAAAUCGGACAGAUAGACCAGCUCGACAUCGCUGCGGAACUCCUCGAUCACAUGGUAGCCGGCAUCGACACCACUGGCGACGCGCUCUGCUUCCUCAUGUGGGAGCUCUCACAGCCGCGAUCUCGUCAAAUUCAAACCAAGCUACGGGAGGAACUGCUUUCUCACCCUUCGUCAGACAUCAACUUUGACAAACUCCCCUACCUCGACGCCGUAGUCAUGGAAGGCCUGAGAUGUUUCCCCGCCAUUCCCAUGUCUCUCCCGCGAAUCGUGCCUAGGGGCGGCAAGACCAUCGACGGGUAUUUCCUGCCGGAGGGGACGACGGCCAGUUGCCAGGCAUAUUCAAUGCAUAGGAUCGAUAUGGAGGCAUGGGGCCCUGAUCCGGACGCGUUCAGGCCGGAGAGAUGGUUUGAGGAGAAGGGCGAUGCGGCGAGGAAGAGGUUGUUCUUUGCGUUUGCUAAUGGGGCAAGAGGGUGUGUUGGUAAACAUUUGGCACUGGCCGAGAUGAAGAUCUUGCUUCGAGAGGUGUAUUCCAAGUUCACUACGGUGCCGGAUAAGACGAUGACGGAGGAGGACAUGGAGAUGGAGGACCAGCUUAUAUCGACAAGGCCGGCUGGGCUGAAGUGUCUGUUGAAGUUUGAACCGAUCGGUGGGCAGUAGGUGAUGGUACAGGGGUCUUGAGGGAUGUGUUUUAGACGGCUUGUAUUACAACAGAUGUAGCUGUAAGUAUAGAUGUUUGACAGUCUUGGUGUCUUGCCAAGAGGCCACGAAAGGUCAUCAAGAAAUUUAGACAAGUUGUUUGUG